UUCAAACCCGUUCACCUUCGGCCGCAGAGCAGAGAGAGAGAGAGAGAGAGCCUCCGAGCAGCGAAGAAUCUUCAAUCGUAGAAAAUGGUGGCCCCGAAGAAGACGAAGAAGACCCACGAGAGCAUCAACACCAGGCUCGCGCUGGUCAUGAAGAGUGGCAAAUACACUCUCGGUUACAAGACCGUCAUCGAUUCCCUCCGCAACUCCAAAGGGAAGCUGAUUAUCAUUUCCAACAAUUGCCCACCUCUGCGGAAAUCUGAGAUCGAGUACUAUGCUAUGCUCGCCAAGGUUGGGGUUCACCACUACAAUGGAAACAACGUUGAGCUCGGUACAGCAUGUGGAAAGUAUUUCCGGGUGUCUUGCCUUAGCAUCAUUGAUGCAGGUGAUUCGGAUAUUAUCAAGACGCUGCCUGGUGGUCAGUGAAGGAGAGUAGGAUAUUGGCUCUAUAUUGAACGUAGUAUUUUGUUUUGAGACUAAACGUUUCUUUUCUCUGAAUGAAAUUCUCGAUUUUGUUUGACAAUGUUGCCUUGUUGCUAAGUUUUCGGAUACUUAGAUUUACUAUAUGUGUAAGGUGAUCUUCGUAGCGACUUAAUGCAUGGCAUUUUGAGAUUCGUUGAAGUUAUUUUUGUUAUAUUAGAGAACUCAUCCUGGGCUUUUUCCUUC